AAUCAAAACUACCCCUCUUGUUCAUUUUGCCAAAGAAGAAAUGGUCUUUCCUUCUUUUCCAAGUUGUUCAGCCCACUUUUUCGUUUUUAUUCAUGCUAGUGACGGUGAUUUCUUGGACUCAUCUGAGUUCUAAAUCAUAAUAAAAGCUUGAAUUGUGCAAGUCCUGAUAAACCCAGAACAAAAAUCUGGGUCAAUAACUUCAACUCCAUUACCCUGAAGCAAUUUUUUUUCUCAAAUCUGGCAGCCUCUAUGUCUAACUCUAACCCCGUACAAGAACCGAGCCUUGUUUCUUCUGAUACAGAUGACUUUGAAGCCUUAUCAUCCGAUGAUGAAUCUGUAUCUUCAACCAUGGAAGUCAACAACCUUGUUAGUCCACCACCCAAGUUACCUCCUGUUAAGUCUAACAUAAUCUCUUUUAUGAAAAAGGUUUUCAUGGAAGAAGUUGGCAAUCUUUCAGAUGAUUUCAAGCUUUUGAUCGUGGGUAUUCAUGCUAUAAUGUUACAGUCUGGUUUUGUCUGUUUUGAUUCUGAUUCAGGGAAUAAAAUUGAUGGGUUUCGUCUUCCUACUCAUUGGGAUGAUAAGGCUUCUUCCACCAGGUACUUAUGCUACACUCUCCCUCAACUUUUGGAACUUGGUUUUAUUGCAGUAGAGAGGGUUGUUUUGAGGUUUCAAAACUCAGAAGACUCUGUAAACAUAUUUGGUUCUUUAGCUGUUAGAGAUUCUGUGGAGCAGCAUCAGCUGAUUCUAAAUCUAAAUCGAUUUGUUAUCCCUUUAGAUUUGUUUUUUGUGAACUGUGAUAUGAUCGAAACAAGGAUUAAAAUCCAUGGCACUUCUUCUGAACAAUACCCAGAAAAUGAAAUUUUUGAGUUUCAUAAACUUGUCAAUGAUGCUCUUGUGCAUCCUCUCUUAAUUGAUAUUCAUGAGAGGGCUGGCUUGCUUCUUCCACCUUGCUUUAUGGGUUUACCUGUAGAAAUUAAAAUCAAGAUUGUGGAGUUGCUUGAUGGAGUUGAUAUUGCAAGGCUGGCCUGUGUUUGUUCAGAACUGAGGAAUUUGACUUCUGAUGAUGAUUUGUGGAGAAGAAAGUUUAUGCAAGAUUUUGGAAUAUCUGGAACAUUUCCUAGGAUGAGUAAUUGCAAAGACCUUUAUGCUUUUAGGAAGAUGAAGCACCCUUAUCGAUCUGCACUCAAAAGGAAUAUGUUCUUGAGAUCUAUGUUGAACAGACCUUAAUCUGGAAAGAAAUUUGCUGGUAAAAUGUGUUAGUCUACUGGCUAUCCUUUGACAAUAUCUCGAACAAACUCGAAUAAGCUUGAGUUGGCUAUUAUGGAUUCAAGUCAGUGCGAAUCCAGCCCUAAAUAAAAGUGGAUAAGCUUAUGAUUUGAUUCACACUCGCAGUCUCUUCGAAGUUUCAAUGUACAUGCUUCGGAGAGUGCAGGAUUUAGAGGUUGAGUUUGGCAACAUCCUGGAGUGUAGAUUGAAAAAUCAUCAGCAUACUGCUGUUUAUGCUGGUAUUUCAAAGACCUCUUGUUCAGUUGUUCUCAAUUAUAGAUAUUCUUGGACUCAAAAUUGAUUAGUUUGGUUUCUAAAUUUGUUAAUGUAGUGCCAUGUCAUGAUUUAGCUCUUUCCAUUUGCAUAUAUGUAUGAUAUCUGGACUUCAAAUCA